AUGUACUUUUGUGGACAGUAUCACAGAGCUAUUGCCAUCUUGUCGAACCGCGAGAAUGUUAGGGUAUUGCGAAGUACUUUAUCCGUCUAUAUUUUGCAGGAGGAAAUAUACUCCAGGUUUUUGAUCGCACAGUGCUACCACAAAUCCAACGAGCACAUGGAGGCCUUGAAAAUCCUCGAAAACCUCGAGUACUUCCAACAGACAUCCGAAAAAUUCAUAUCUAAUUCAUUCAUCACCUUCUAUCCACCCGAACGUCCUCCCAACGUUCUUGAUAAACUCGACAAAUCCGUCGAGAACUUGCAUUUAAAAGCCACAGGAUCAGACUAUCUUCCACCUGGGGUCUCGCUUUCUAUGGUAAUUCGUUUGACUACCCCUACUUUUUUUUAGCUCAAUAGCAGCAUUGCGUUGCUGCGUGGCAACAUUAAUGAAGCUCUUAAUAACUUUCCUGCUGCGGCUCAUUGGUAUAAGGAGGCAUUUUGCCUCGAUCCCUUCUGCUAUGAGGCCUUUGAGAAGCUUACGAAGUUAGAGGUUGUAUCUGUAGAAGGUUGGUUAGGUCUCUUGUCAUUUACCCUUCUAGACGAAAAACAGCUUUUAAAAUGUGAAUUACAGUCCGCCCCUGCAUCAACUGCCUCCAUCGUCAAGGCUCUUUAUGCAGACAAAAUCCCAAAGGUGUAUACGAAGGAUGGUUGCCUAACUGUUUCUUUUAUAGCUCGGAAUUACUGAGCUGCCUCCUGAGCUGUCUUUAUUCAAAAAUAAUUGCGACGUAUUGGUACACCAAGCCGAUCGCCUGCUUUCCUCAGACCACUAUAGACGGUGUUACGCAUUAACUACACGGUACUUCAUUUUCCAAAUUACUUUUUUUAGUGUACUCAAGGAAGACCCCUUUCAUCCAGAUUGCCUUCCGAUACAUAUUUCUGUGCUGAGAAUGCUGAAUCAGUCAAAUGGUAGUACCUGCCAUUUUUCAUAAGGCUAUCAUGUAGAGCUUUUCAUACUCUCCAACAGGCUAGUUAAGAUUUAUCCGGAAAGUGCGGUAAAAGAUUGCCUUUUUAAUCCUCUCGUACAUUAUUUAGAUAUCUUGGUUCGCGACAGGUUCGUACUACCUAGCUACCCGCAAACAUGAUCUCGCCAAACGUCAUCUUCGGUAAGCACUCUGGUUUCGAAAACAAGUAUAUACAGCAGAAUUUAUUGGAGCCAAUAAAUUUCGUGACGGCUUUUCAACUGCAGCCCGUCUCUGCAUAACAUAGGUAACGAAUGAAAGCGCACAGCAGUAUGAAUUUGUACAGAAUGGCAGUGCAUAAGAGCAAGGUCAAGGUUCAAGGCAAUGAAUAAUCAGAUAAGACGUCCACAUAAGCAUCAUAUAGGAAAGAGGGAGACGAAAUGUUAACGACAAAUCACAGUCAGGGGAAACUAGAGGCGUGAGAUUACCAGGGCAAUUGCAGAUUGAUCACGUGAUCUAACUGCUUGCACAAGUCUGGUUUCUCCCUCCGCAUGUAAGCUGCUUCCAAAUAACGCAAGGUUCGAGUUGUAUGCGCUCGGACAAGUACUCAAAAAGAUGCUUUAGGGUCGACAACAUGACCGCUAUCUAACAGGUGUUUCGUUAUAGACGAACGGGGGUUUUGUUUUCCUGUUUGAAAAGCCAAUUAGGCAAAUGCUCAGCGGCCCUGGUUGCCAAUUGCCUUUGCGUUCGCCCAAUGUACUUGCAUCCGCAAGUGCAUGUGAAUUCAUACACACAAUUUGGGGUGGCGUGCAUUGGCAAGGCAUCCUUUGCCCGGUUAAUUGGAAGGCUUUUUGUGGAACUGAUGAAGAUAAGCUCUGCUGCGUUGUACGUUCUGGUUUCAUCAUCUUAUUUUAUGCGGUUUUGUAUCAGGUUUGCUUAUAGCUAUCAGUGUACCGUUUUUUAUAUCACAAGUUUUUCUUUGCAGUCAUUAGUAUUAACCAUGUGUAUAAGGGUCCGACUCGGAGACUGUGGAGACUGUGGAACUGCGUCCCCCAAGAAUCUUAUUUAACACAUGGCUCUGGCAAAAGUGGGACUUCUGCUAAGCUCCAUCUUUUUUACUCACUGCAAGAAAUGAUUAUUUCCAAAGCCACUUUUUUUAUAGUUCUUUUUAAAUUUGCGAAAAGUGCUAUUAAGCACGCAUUCAUCGAGCGUUCUGGUGCAGUACUGAGUCACUUCCCACAAAAUUAGCCGAGAAGUUCCCGCUCUUAAACCUCUAUGCUACAUUUUAGGGCAACGAUUGGUCACAGUGGCCAUUUGCUUUAUGUUUUUUUGACAGACAAUAGAAUCGAGCUAGCGCGGUGUCAGUUACCCUCAUUUGGUGCCAUUCAUUCUCCGCGAUCACAUUUUUGUGUCGGUAUUCUCUAAGCAAUUUAAUCAAGCGAUCUGUCACUCUUUUGACUUGUGAGUUCUAUGUUGGUCUGUAAAAUUCUCUGUCAUCAAGAAGGGCUUUAGCUUUUUCAUUAUAGUCUUCUCGACUCAUCACGACGGUUGGUUGUCCCUUGUCAGCAGGUAGAAUGAUGAUUCUGUCGUCCCUCCUCAGUUCCCUCAUAGCCUUUGACUCACUCUGCGAAACACAUUAAGUUGGUUUGUGUGUCAUCAGCAAGGUAACACAUUGGCGGACGGAGUAUUUCUUGUCGUCGGAUGUUUCACUUCUCCAAAGCAUAUCUUCCAAGGCUGCAAUAAAGUCGCCAGGACCGGCAUCCGCAGUAUUGAAACAAGUUUCAUGUAGUAGCUUUCGUAGUUGCUGCUUUGUUAGCUGCUUAGACGCUAGGUUGUGGACCGAGUUUAAGCGUUCCGCGCCUGUCGGUUUUAGCUUAGUCAGUUUUCAUCCAAACUUAUCUCUUCUUAGCUUGCCUGUGAUAUGCCGGAGCGGAGAUCAUCUUCCCAAGAUCCGCGGCGAUAGAAUCACCGAGAGUGUGGGCACACUGCAUUCUAUUCUCCUCGAUCUUAGCCUUGUAUUUCUGCAAACGCUGGUGACAGUCGUCGAUCAGAACUCUUGUCAUCUGUUUGACAAACCGCCUUACAACGUCUCUUCCCAUAACCGUAUUAAUGAGAGCCUUGUAUGUCAGGCAUCGUGGAGUAAAUUCAUCUUGGAGACAUCGGUGCAGAAAACGUAACUGUUCGUAUGUUGCUGCCUCUCGUGUAGGGAAUACCUUCCCGCCGCGAGCUGUCCGAAGCGUAUCGCGUUCGAAUUUUUCACGAAUUAAAGCGAAAUUUCUAGUUCCGGGGUGUAUGCAUGAGUGAAGAAGAAGAGGGGUCGAGCACCGGAGCAUUUUGUUUAUUGUCCUGAGCCUUCGGACUCGUGCAGGAGUCCAUCGUCAGAGAUAGUGGCAGCAGCAGCAGCAGCAGCAGCAGCAGCAGCAGCAGCAGCAGCAGCAGCAGCAGCAGCAGCAGCAGCAGCAGCAGCAGCAGCAGCAGCAGCAGCAGCAGCAGCAGCAGCAGCAGCAGCAGCAGCAGCAGCAGCAGCAGCAGCAGCAGCAGCAGCAGCAGAACAAGCGACAGUUAUAA